UUCCUUCAAGGCAGCGCCCGCGCACCGAACUUGAAUGCCGUAUCCGGAUUCAAGCUCAAGAACGCAAACAACUCGGCUGAAGGCAACCUGUCAACAUCGCCAGCACGAAAGAUUUUGUGAAUAACAUUGAGGUUGCAUCUUUCACAAUGGCACAGAUGCCCAAACUCCUUAAUGAAAACUGCAUUGAGGGAUUUCUCAAUACUUUUGACAAUGUCUUAACUGACUGUGAUGGUGUACUCUGGAGAGGAGAUGAUAUAAUAGGAAGGUCAAAUGAGGCCCUCGGUAUGUUGCGAGCUCUCGGCAAGAAGAUUUUCUAUAUCACCAAUAAUUCUUCUAAAACACUUGAAGAUUACGUAAAAAAGUGUGAAAGCAUGAAUUUUGUUGCAGAUAAGUUAAGUAUCCUCAUGCUUUUAAAAAAUAAGCUGUUAGAAAUCAUAGCUGCUCUGGAUGCAAAAGCAGACAAAGCAAUUUUUAAAUACCACAUUUUGAGCAUUUUUGCAGUCAAACAUAAAAUCUUCACUAUCAUUCUGAACAAGAAAAGAUUUAAUGUGUUAAAAAAGGAGUUGGGGCAUCAUGUGAAUGCUGUCUCUCUCAUAACUAGUCAACCUGUGUAG